AGUUAAUCGUACCCAAUCCCGUACCUUUCCGGCGCGUAUGGAUACUCGUGAAAUGUUCUUCAUGGUUCUUCCGGUCGUGACCGCGGUAGCGAAUCGUUGACGAAACCAGCAACAUGAAAUUCAACCGGCUCGUUACUUCUUCACGCAGAAAAAAUCGAAAGAGGCACUUCACGGCACCUUCUCACAUUCGUAGAAGAUUUAUGUCAGCUCCUCUUUCGAAAGAGUUACGACAGAAAUACAGUGUUCGCUCUAUGCCGAUUCGCAAAGAUGAUGAAGUACAGGUUGUUCGUGGCCACUAUAAAGGUCAACAAGUAGGUAAAGUUGUGCAAGUAUACAGAAAAAAAUUCGUCAUAUACAUAGAAAGAAUACAGCGUGAAAAGGCUAACACUGCUAAUGUAUAUGUUGGUAUUGACCCAUCAAAGACGGUUAUAGUAAAGCUGAAGAUGGACAAAGAUCGCAAAAAGAUCAUUGACAGGCGAAGUAAAGGCAGAUUAGCAGCUUUGGGUAAAGACAAAGGAAAAUAUACAGAGGACUCUACCGCUGCCAUGGAAACUUCGUAAAUUUAGAUGUUUUAACAAUUUUCGUAUGUGCUACAAUCCUCUUCACUGGUUUAAUAUUCACUGAAAGGAAAGAGAAGAAAAAACAGUUGUCAACGU